CUUAAAAACCCCUUGCCUCAUUAUCUUUCUCUCUCUAGAUUUUAUCUUUCUCUCUCUUCUUUCUAUGAGCAUUUUUCUCGGGUUUUGAAUUUAUGGGCUUUUCCUCCUCCUUCAAUUUCUCUCUAGGCCUUAUCACCUCCCUCUCGCGUGCCAUUUCAUUGCAUAUAUUUAGGCUAGUCAUUAACUCUAUUGACACUCUUAGAUUUCAGAAUCAGACGCGUGGGUUUUUAUAAUUUCUUUUUUUCUUGCAAUUUUUUCUGAUUUUGAGCUAUAAAUAGAGAGGUAAGGAGAAGGGUUUGGUGUGGCUGGUUAUUCUGGAGUGGGACACAAGAGUCCAUGACUGCAAAAAAGGUUCUCCUGUUCAGUUGAUGUAACUGAUACAAUGGAAGCUACUAAUGAUGCAUCCUCAGAUCCUCCCAGGAACAGUACUCGCCGGAAAAGAAGGCGUAUGAGUCUGUCCAGUGCCAAUCAUACAAUAGAAAGGGAGUUAGGAGAUGACGGGCAUUACUUUGAAUGUGUUAUCUGUGAUAAUGUUGGUGACUUGCUCUGCUGUGAUGGGUGCCCCCAAACUUUCCAUCUUGAUUGCCUUAACCCUCCACUUGCGCGUGUACCUCCGGGAAGGUGGCUAUGUCCUAGCUGUUGUCCGGUAGAAAGGCUUGCAAAACUAAAGAAAAGGAGUGCGAGAACAACGGAACAUAACGUAGGAGCUGGAGCCAGAUCAGUCACUCCUCAUUCUCGUGAACUUUUAUUGAUGGGGAGUUUAGGUAGGAAUCCUUCCUUGAACGAAGAACAAGUCAUCUCUCCAGAUAAGGUUGUUUCUGGUGAUAGACCAGAUCCAGUACCUAUGGUUCUCUCGCCAAAUACAAAUUCUGGGUCUAAUUGCCAUGGUGGAGCUCCUGAAGGCAUUAAUGGUUUUCCAGUGACGGAUGUGGAUGCUGAGAACAGUUUGUCCUCUCCAAAUUUGAAGUCAUCCAAAAAAGCAAGGCAUAGUGAUUCAUGUCAGAUUGGUUCUCUCACUAAGGCUUCUGCGAUGGAUUCCAUGGAUGCACCAUCUGAGACAAAACCAGGCCCAUCAUCUGCCAUUGAGAGGGUCACAAAGAAGCAACCAUUAAUUUCUUUUUCUCGGAGGGCUAAGAAACAAGCAAAUAAGAAUGCUAGUGAUAUCCAAAAGCCAUUAACUAUCGAGACUCAAAGCAAUUGUUCAUCUGGGGGAGACUCUGGGUUUCCCGAAAGUGGUCAGGCUUCUCAAAGAUGCAAUUCUGUGGAUCAUUCUACAGCUGAUGUUCCUUUGAGGGAAGAUCCCAACCGGAUGCCAUCAAUUUCUCGUAAACAAAUUGAGUUAAAUCAAGAACCAUUUGAAGAACCCAUUGCUGUGUUGGAUCCUCAUGUUGUUGGAGAGCACAACUCAAUUUCUAAUGGGAAAAAGCUAGAUCAUGCGAAUAAGGGCACUGCUGAUGAAAGAAGUGACAAGCUGAAUGUGAGACAAGUGGAAGAAUUUCAACAUGAUGUGGAAAUAGUUCCUGACCAUCAAAAUCCUUUAGAAGUUUCCCUCAGCAGUAAAGCCUUUGCUAAGUGCUCUGCUAAAGAUUUGAAUGAGAUUGCUGAUGAUGAAGGGAGCAAAAAUGUUCCAGUGGAACAAGCUAUGAAGCCCAUUAUGGUUGAUCUUAAUAGAAAAGAACCAGAGAAGAUUACCGAGAGUUACCCACUUGAAGGAUUUAGGGGUUCCCAGACUAAUUUGGAACUUUCAGAUGCUCUUCUUGGUACUUUAGAUAUAAAUAGUUUACCCCCAAAUCUAGAAUUUCAGAUGCCAAAUUCCUUAACACCACCUAGUUUAGUGAUCCCAGUUUCUGGAAGCAACUCUUUGGCAUCUGAUGUAACUGUUGCCACAACAGUUGGGGAACGUACUAGUUCUCAAUCUUCGAUAGAUGGGGUCUCUGAAAAUCCCCAAAAACCUGACCUUCUAUCUAGAACAAACUGCAACCUAUCUUUGUUUGAGAAAAAAGCUGCGGAAAAAGGAAAAGGGUUGGCUAUGUUGGAUAGCACAGGAAACAAUAAUUUGCAGGCAUGUGUUGAAUUUGAGCAAUCUCAGGGCAGAGUACUUGGGACUGUAACUCGGAGGCCAUCUAGUGGAGUUCUUGACAUGAUGAUAUCUGAAAAGUCUCCAUCCCAGCAGUCAAAGAAAAUCCAAGAGAAACGUAUUCCUCUUGAUCUGAACACUUUAGCAACAACAAGCCCAGAGGAAAACCCAUCAUCAAGCAGUUCUCCAGGAAGGAUCCCUUCCCAACCUCCUUUCAUUAGUCCACCUUCUGACCGCUUGAACAUUCAAGAGAAGAAAGUAUCACCCCCAUCAGUGAAUAGAGAACAAUCGCCAGCCAUGCCGAAUUUGUGUGCUUCUCCCUACCUAGGCCUAUCUCUCUCCUCAACUUCCAGAAACUCCUUUAGAGACUUCCCAGUCAUGCCACCCUGUCCAAGUGUUUGGUCUAGAAGGGCCCAAGACUCACUAAAUCCGUUGACCAGUCGAAAUUCUAGAGAAAUAAACUUGAAUCCAUCAACGGACAGAUACCAUAACCGCAUGAUGUUUGACAACAUUGGGUUGAGAGAAAGAUCAACAAUCCAUGGGUCUCUCUCAAGGGAGAAGAAGCAGGGUCUGCAAAUUGGUUGGUUGGAGGAAGAGUUGGAUUCCCUCUGGAUUGGGGUGCGGAGGUAUGGGCUAGGAAACUGGGAGGCCAUUUUACGUGACCCGAAAUUCCAUUUCUUGGAUCACAGAACUGCCCAAGAUCUAUCAGAUCGAUGGGAAGAUGAACAGUGGAAAUUCUCAGAGAAGGUAUCAACCCAACCUCCUAGGAACUCGAGAUCAAAAUUUUCCUCUCAUUAUGGCAGUCCUUACAGUGAGAAUUUGGGGUAUUUGAGCUCCCAGAGUUUUAUCCCAGGAACCUCAAAUCCAUGGGGAGAUUUUUCAGCUCGUGGAGAAACAAGUAACUCAGUUUACUCAACAUAUCCAACGAUGCGAAAGCAAUUCUCGCCCAUUCCAUAUUCGGUUAAUGAAAACACAAAGGUGGGUUCUUCUUACUCACCAGGAAUAGUCAUGGAUAGCCAUCCGAGAAACUAUGGGAAGAGAGAGAAAAGGCCCAUUAGAGCUCACAGAGAGAGAUGGAUAGAUUCAGAUUUCAAAAUUCCGAGCCCACGAAAUGUAGUCUUGGGUUUGCCGCAGGAAAGGAGAGAGAGAAGGGCAAGACAUGGGCCACGGAGAGGAGAGAAUCCAGGAUUUCUACCCAGAAACUGGGUGCUGAACAACGCUCCAAUCAAUGAGGAGCUGCCAUCUGGUGCACCAUCGAGUACUAAUCUCCCACACUGGCUUCGUGAAGCUUUUGUCCCACCUGAUGGGACAGAGGGGCCCACCCUACCACAUGGCAUCUCGACCAUCACUCAUUCAGUUAGCUUGCUUUACAACGAGAGGCGGGUCCUCCCACCUCCAUCCAAUCAGGCCCCACUACCUGUCAUUCAAGAAUUUCCUAUGCAGAAAUCAAGCAAGAAGAACAGGCUCAAUGGGAGCCCUUUUAACAUGCCUGAGGUUUCGGGUUUAAAUCCAUCCAUGGUUGCUAAUUAUUCUGGGAUUUCGUUGAUGGAAGCCAGGCUUAGUCUUCUUCCUGGUACAAAAUUAGGUGAAGGGUCUCGGAUUAGAGUUUCAGACCGAGCUGAUAGUGGGGAUUCAAGCAAGACCCAGUCUGAUCCAGGUGCCCAAAAGGAGGCUUCUUCUGAGGAGACUAUAUCGGAUGAUCAGACCGGCAGGCCUUAGGGCAUUGAAAUUUAGGAUACUAAAAUCUCCCUCCUUGCUCUCUCUGUCUCUCUGUCUGUGGUUAUCUCUUUCUGCCCUUUGGUUGAUCUCCCCCCAUCCCCCCGUGCGGCUGAUUUCUUUCUCUAUCCUUCACCUUUGGUUGAGCUCUGUCUGUCUGUCUGUCUCUCUCUCUAGUUAAAUUCUUCACUCUCUUGGAUUUGUGGAAUAUUCUGGAAUUUUGAGAGGGAAGCCUAUACGGUGUGUGUCUGUACAGAAAAGAAUGAUUUAGGACCUACACCCCAUAAAGAGAGAAUGUUUAUUUAGAGAGUGAAUUGUUAUUUUCUUCAGUAGUUCAAGUUAUAUUUGGGGUAUAUACAAAAAGCUUCCUGUCAAAGGGAUUGCGUUAGGAGUGUUUGGAAUUGCCUCAACUAGGCUGUGAUCAAUGUAGUAAAUUGGAGAUGAAGCUGAACAAUUCCGAGAUGCUAAUGAAAUUAUGUGUUUUUUCUGGUCAAA